AUGACUAUUGCUGCACUUCAAUCGCUUUUACCGUUGGAUGAUAAUGAUGGUGAUAAUAAUAACAACAGCAUUGAUGAUAGAGGUGGGAAAGUUCUGCUGGGAAAUGCCCCGGGCAAAGAUGUCAACCUCGUUGAAUUGAUGUCUAAAUUCCACUCGUAUAACAAAUCCCUUGCACAGAUGAAAUACAAGCUUCAGCCUAUAGGAUCUUCGCUCGACUCAUUCUCAGAGGACCUCAAGAACUUGUCUUUGAGCUUGGUCUCCUUGGAGCAGCAGUCGAACGACCUCUCCAAGGACUCGCGGUUCAACAAGACAACCACAAGACGGUUGGAGCAAGUAAUUAACGAAAAAGUGUUGCCUCCUGAUGCCGUGAAAGAGGUGCUCAAAGAGGACUUGUCUAACCAAUACCUUGAAAAAGUCAACUCGAUCUUGGAAAGAGUAAAUUCUGACGAUGCAGUCCUCAUCAAAGCGAAAGUGGUUGAAAGAGUACGCGAUUUCUUGAUUGACCAGAUACGACUUUUACGAUCUAACAAAACGUCUUCGUCGCAGCAAAUACAGCGAAGGCUUCUUAAUGCCAGUAACCUCUUCCACUUUAUGAGGUCCCAGCAGCCAGAGCUUGCCUCGCAAUUGCAAAAUGCCUAUCUGCACACCAUGCGGUGGUACUACCGAAGCAAGUUUGCGAAGUACAUAUACGCGUUGGAGAAGCUCCAGAAACGGCACUUGGAGACCUCGGUGUUUGACUCGCCCAACUACCUCAGCACUUUUGAGCAAAGGAUAAAAAACUUGACAGCGUCGGAGCGGUGCAUGCCGUCGCAGUUGGCUGAAACGAUAUCCGCGCCGUACAUGAUGGAAUUUGUUGUCCGCCAGCUUCUUUUAGCUGUGGUGAGUAACGCUUCGGUUGAAUAUCUAUUCUACGUGGAAUUUUUCUAUCAAGGAGACGAAAAAGACCAGAGCUGGGCUCCUCAAAUGUUUGGCGAUGUCUUUGAAAUGAGCCGGGAUUUCCUCAAGUAUGUCACGACGGGGACCUGCGACAUUUACGGGGUCUUACUCCUGAUCAAAUUGGUGCACCUCGAACAGCUGAAGCUUCACGACAAUCACAUCCCGAUUCUCGAUGAAUUUUUAAACUCGCUCCUCUUGAUACUUUGGCCGAUAUGCACCAAGAUUAUCGACCUCAAUUGCGACUCCUUAAAGAGACACAUGACCAAGAGCCCCCUCAAAUCAUUGGCACCGAUUAGCAUCACGCAGCAAUUUGGCCUUUUCCUCCUGGCAUUGCUAAGGCUAUCGGCCAACGGAGAGCCCUUGAAAUUGUGCAUAACGAGGCUCACCCACGACUACGAAAAUGGAAUUACAAAAGCAAGUAACCACUUUAAGGGAGUGGACAGGGACAUCUUCCUCUACAACAACUACUUUCUAAUCCUAAACAUUGUCAAGAUUGAAGCCGAAGAUGCCACUGAGGAAAUAAACCAUUUCAAAUUGUUGGCCGAUGCUUACAAGACAUAA